UCGAAAAAACGAAAAAGACAUGCGAAAAAUCCCAACGCACCAAAGACGGCCUGGUUUCCAUAUGUUUAUUUUGCAAUGGAAGUAAGACCGAAAAUUAAAGCGGAAUUUCCGAAUAUGCGCUUUACAGAAGUAGCCAAAAAAUUGGGUAAGAGAUUGAAAAAAUGCUCAAAUAAAGAAAAGUAUAAAACCAUGGCUGCUAAAGAUAAAGAAAGACAUGAAAUGGAGAGAACCAUAUAUUUUUCUGCA